UACGAUGGGAGUCAUUUCGAUUACCGAAAACAUAUCGGAUAUGGAAUAUGUUAUUGCUUGCUUUGAAGAGAACUUGUUCAAUUUUAUGACGCUAUUGAAGAUAUCCAUAUGCAGAAUUAAUAGCAAUUCGUUGGCCGAAAUUUUAAAGGAAGUCAAAAUCGAUCUUAUUCCAGAAAGAUACAAAACCGAUGAGGAAAAGAUUGCUUUUUUAAAUUAUAACAAUUUUAGUCUAAAGCUCGUUAAGUUGAGUAUAGGAGCAAGCAGCACAGCCGCUUUGCUGUAUUAUCUGUCCCUUUCAGCUACCAACAUUGAAAUGGUCCUUGCAAAUUCAUCUUACGGAUACGUAUUGCCAUACAAAAUUCGUACGCUGAUCGUACCGACAAAUCUAAUAAUCUACAUCUGUCUUUGUCUAUAUCAAUUUAUAACAGUACUAAUUACAGUCUUCGGUUAUGUCGGAACUGAUUGUCUAUUAAUCAGUUUGGUACUCCAUGUCAGCGGUGUUUUCUCUGCACUUUCCUCCAAAGUAAAGCACGUUUUGGACAAUCCGGAGAAUCGUAAACGUCGAAUAAAGAAAUUAAUAUUAAGACACAUACGUCUAGUACGGUAAUAAUAAUAAAUAAUGACAACAACAACAAAAUACAAAAACAAUAAUAAUAAUAGUAUUAAUA